AUGAACUUGCUCCGAGAUUUUUUCAUCUUCACUUGUUCCAAUGCUAAGAAAAUUUCUGGUGAAUGUAAACUUUGUGGAAAACUUUAUUCGGAUAAUGCUGGAUCAACUGGAAAUUUCCAUAAGCAUCUGAAACGCAAACACUCAAGUGAAUACAACAAAUCGAAAUUUCCGGAUUCCUUUGCGUCUGAAAAUGAUACACAGGAUUAUUCAGAAAAUUUCGAAGAUAAAGCUAUCAAAAUCAAUCAAACUAUUCUGAAAGAAUUAAUUGUGAAAUGUAAUUUACCACCAACAUUGGUCGAACAUACUGGUUUUAGGAAUUUUUUAAAGAUGGUUGCACCGAAAUGGAAGCCUACAUCUGCACGAUACUUCACCAAAACACUAUUGCCAUCAUUGAUGAAUAAUAGUCAAGAGAAACUAAGAAACUUACUUGAUAGUAUCGAUCACUUAAGUAUUACAGUGGAUAUCUGGAUAGACCGACGUGGACGAUCAUUUAUUGGCGUUACGGGUCACUUCCUUGAUUUGAAUUUUGAACCACAAGCUUUACUUCUCGAUUUUUCACGUUUAAAAGGACCACAUACUGGAGAAAAUAUUCGCCUUGCCACAGGAGAAAUACUCGGAAACCUAAAAAUCCAAAACAAAGUAUACCGAGUUAUAACCGAUAAUGCUGCUUCUAUGAUAAGAGCAUAUAAAUUUGGUUUAACGGUGAACGAUGAUGAUUAUACUACUCAAGAUCACAACAACUUUCAACAAGCUGAUAGUUCAAUUGAAUUUUCCGAUCAUGAUGAUAUACAUAUAUCAAACGAAUGGAGAUUGACUGAUUGGUGUGAAAGCGACAAAUGCUUGGAUGAUGACGGCGAGGAUAUUUCAAUUCGAUUGUCCUGUUUUGCACAUAGUCUACAGUUGGCUGUUCGAGAUGGAUUAAAAGAUACUCCAUUCUUAUCGAGAUCAUUAUUAAAAUGUAUGCAGUUGUCGCAGCGAUCUUCUAAGUCGACUAAAAUAGUUGAUCUUCUUGACGAUAUUGGAAAAACAAUAAAUCGCUCCAAUUUGACACGGUGGAAUUCGGAAUAUCUACUCAUGAAAUCAAUUAUUGGAUUAGGGAAAAAAACAAUUGAUGAAAUUACAGACAUUAUUGAUGAUAAUGAACUGAAAUUUAACAACAAUGAUUUUACUAUACUACAAGAGGCAGUUGAUAUAUUAGAGCCAUUUGCUGAAAUAACUACACGUAUUCAGUCCGGAUCAGUUGUGACGGCUAGUCUUGUCGUACCCUCGGUGGUACAUAUUAUCGAGCAUGUGAAUCAUAUCAAACCACAUUUAUCAAUUUUGAAAAAGAUGUGUAUACAACUUGAACAAUCCAUUAACAAAAGAUUUGCCGGCAUUGUUAAGCGUUUAUCACAACAAAGUGUUGAUACGAACGAUCCUUUUUCGGAUCCGAUCUAUUUCGUUUGUGCAGUUUUAGAUCCUGAAUUUAAAUUUUAUUGGCUCAGCCAAAUGAAGUACAAGCCGACAGUGGAAUCACACACGAAACAGCUACUUAUUCAUAUGAUCUUGAAUGAGUGUGAGCAUAGUAUUGGCACAUCAUUCGAUAAUAUGGCCCAUAUGCAGUCCUCAUUAUCUUCAGAAGCCGCAGUAAAUAGUAAUGACAUAACACCGAACGGCACACCUCUCCUGAAAAAGCGAAAACUUUUCCAUUACGAUGAUGACAAAAGUUCAUCAGUUGAUUCAACAACAAAUCCUAUGCACGAGAUCAAUGCAUACAUCAAUGAUCCAACACGGUUUAGAUUUUCAUCCUACUGGAAAAAUUCGUCAUUGUGUUCUUUGAAGAACGUAGUGAAACGAAUUUUUUCCGUGCAAGCAUCAUCUGCACCAAUUGAACGAGUGUUUAGUCAAGCAGGUGUCAUUAUGUCACCACGGAGAACAUCUAUGCUCGAAGAAGUUUUCAGAAGUUUGGUUUUUUUACGUGUAAACCAAAACUUGAUUAAAUAGGCCGUUAAAAAAAGCUAUCAGUUAAUUUUGAUGUAUUCCCAAACGUCAUUUUUAAUAAAGAUGUUUUUUUUUACUAUUGAGUAUUUUAUUUUGAAAUGCCGUUAGAAAUAAAUAAAAUGAAAUAAAUGGAAAAGAGAUCAUAUCCACAUUAAAAUAGAUAUUGAAUAUAAUAUUCUACAGGGUGGUCCAUAAAUAACUGUGCGAUAAGAAAUUCGAAUAUCUCUAUUACGACUCGAGCAAACGUGCUGAUUUUUUUACCAGUGAUAGAGGCAUGUACCAAGUUUAUAUCCAUAAGGACAUGUCCAGGGAGACCCUUUGUUAAGUAUCACUAUUGACCUCAACAAAAAAAAUUUACUUUUUCACAGUUAGAAGAAAACGUCACUUUACCGAAAACAAUUGAAUAUCUCUGCUACGGCUCGAGCUAACGAGCUGAUUCUUUUAUUAAUGAUAGAGCCACGUUCAAGCU